UGUUAGUGGGUCGUUGGGGAGAGCGCCUCACCUAUGUAACUGUGAACAGGAAGUCUUUGAGUGAUUCCUCCGCACCGUCUCGUUCUCGAUCCUCCUCUCCCUUUCCUCUCAUUACCUACUUGGAUUGGAUUGAGUGAUCAUAAAGUUCCAGCAUGGGGUGUUUGAGAGAGUUAAGCAGUCCUGUAAUACUGGUGGUGGCGAUGGCGGCAGCGGCAGCGGCAAACACUCCUUCCCACCAAGUGGUUCCAGCUGUACCCCCUCCCGUACAGGUCUCGUCUGGUGUGUUGACAGUGUUGGGCGGGCAGCGGCAGGGGCGGGUCAUUGAGGUAGGGGCAGAUGGCAUUCCCAUUAUCCAUGGGGUGCGAGCUCCCGAUGACCCUGAAGGUACCCCUGUAUACAGGAACGCCAGAAUCGUCAACAACAAGCUGUUGACAGCUGAGGACGAGCUUAAAAUCAACCAGGUAUUGGGCAGGUUAAGGGCUGCUGCUUUGCCCCAAACAACUCGCCAAGCCCGAGUACUGAACCUGAGGCCAAGCCAGGGUGAUGCUUCUCCUCAAGCCCGCUACCCAGAUUUCUACUUUCGUAACUACUUCAACCAUGAGCGCUCUGGUGUUGUAGCUGAGGACUCCUUUGAAGAGGACACUUCCUCUGCAUCCUCUGAGCAGGUGGUGAGCUACAGUUACCUGGCAGCACCCCAAGGCCACUCUAAGGAUGUUGUCUACGGAUCGGGCUCAGCCGCUAAACCGCCUUCUUCUGACCACACCUUCUCUGCCAGAUCCCCUUCCCUUGGCCAUACCAUUUCAGCCCAGUCUCGUAUCUCUGGUCACACAACUAUUGCCCAGUCAACAACCGCCACACCUCCCGUCUUUGCUGCUUUUGAAUCCUCCAAAUUAUCUCAUCAAACUCCUCCUUCAUUCCAGUUCUCCUCUUCCCCUUCCUUCCAGUCUUCUUCCUCCCCCUCAUUCCAGUCCUCCUCAUCACCCUCUGCGCCAUCAUCUUUUUUCUCCUCUUCCUUCUCACCCUCUCCUGCUUUUCCGUCUACCCCCUCCCCUUCCCUUCAGUCAUUCUCCCCUGCCACCACCUUUGGUCACUCUGGAAUCAGCUUUGCUGUGCACCAGGCUCCUCCUGACACUAUACAUCCUGCUGAGCCCAGCCACUUCAUCAUCAAGGACUCCACUUUCCAGCCCUUUCCUGGUGCCCCAACCUUCACCGUGCCUCUCCCAGUACCGCACAAUCACAUCACUGGUCAUCCUACAGUGGCCAGCCAGAAGCAGGAACAGCUUGUUCAGGCAGGCUCUGAUGCACAGUCUUCAUACUUAAGCUACGAGAAGCCUAACCAGGGGGGUACUGAGCGUCCAAUCUACCAGAGAGUGAUGGAUCCCUUCAGGGAUAUGGGCCAAAGAAUCUACAAGGCGGCCUAUCCUGUAUUGCAGCCUAUGAUGAAAGCUGGUCACAAGCUUUCUGAGCGGCUCAAGUUGAAUAACAUGAACAAGUACAUCAGCCGCACAGUGGACAGUGAAGCCUUGCCUGUGGUGGCAGGUGUUGGUGCUCUUUCUGCCAUUGGUCUGGCUGUGAUUGCUGUUGCUGCAUCCACAAAUGCCACCAACUUUGUAGGAAAACGCUCCAUUGAGGAUGAUCCAACCUCAUAUUUUCUGAACAAGAUGGAGUACGAGGAAGCCGUGGGUGAAGGCAGACUGGGGAAGCUUCUGGACACUCCUCAACUUACACACAGCUCCUCCCCAUGGUGCUCAAAGAGAGUUUUCUGCGAUGCCAUGACAUACCUCCCUGAUGACUACCUGUUUUCUUUUGAAAAGAGACUCGAGCUCUUCUUGGAAAUGCUUGGCAAUGGCAAGGAUGAGGAGUCGCCCCUUAAAGAGACUGCUGACAGUUUUGUUAAGGCUGUCAGGCAACGGCGGUGUGAUCAGUACACAUGUGGGGAUGAGCGGGUGGACUCCUCGCAAAUACUAACAGACACGUCUGGUCCCCGCUAGACUUCUGCCCUACCUCCUGGCCUGGUGAUGCAGACUGGCAGCUUCAACACUGGUCAAAGAUAGUUUCCCCAGGUACCCAUUUAUCGACCAGCCCGAGAGAGAGGAUGAACAGCUGGGUGAGCUGCACGCCGACUGCCCGGGCCGGUAUUCGAACCCGGGCCCGCGGAGUAGAAGCCAGGCACGCUGACCACUAGACCACGGAGGCGUAUAAAAAAAUAAGCACACUUAAAAUUCUGCUCUCCUGACUUAAACGGGGACUUAGUGACUUGAUAUUGCUACAAGUUCAGUUUAAGAUACGGUUAUUAAAAAUUUACUUCAUGGCAUAUCUUUUUUUUAUUUUUUUAUAUUUUUUUUUUUUACGUCGUUGCCUGUUGCGCCGGUAGGCAUCUUCCUGGUGGGGCCUGAUGGUCGGCCCAAGGCUUCUUCCAGGUGGGGCCUGAUGGUUGGCCCAGCCCGUUCUGGCGCAGGCGAGUGUUUAUAGUGGCGCCAUCUUGCAUUGGCUCAUGCUGCCCCCCGGAACUCGUUCUUGAUUCGCUUGGACGGCUUCCUCUAGAGUCCGGGUUGAUGGGUGGUCUUCAGGACAGCAUGUGGGUAGUUUUAAGCCACUCGGCGGUGACUGAAAAAUCCGAGUGGUAGCGUGGGGAUUCGAACCCGCGUCGUCCAUCACGCGGUGAAUGUGGGCCCAGUACGCUACCACUUCGGCCACCGCCUACCC